AUGGCACAGGCACUGCUGGUACCACCAGGACCUGAAAGCUUCCGCUAUUUUACUAGAGAUUCUCUCGCAGCUAUUGAAAAGCGUUCUGCAGAAGAAAAAGCUAAAAAGCCCAAGCAAGAACAUACCGAUGAUGAUGAUGAAAAUGGUCCAAAACCAAACAGUGACUUGGAGGCAGGAAAGACACUGCCAUUUAUUUACGGUGACAUACCUCCAGGAAUGGUAUCUGAGCCUUUGGAAGACCUGGACCCAUAUUAUAUCAAUAAAAAGACUUUCAUAGUAUUGAAUAAGGGAAAGGCAAUUUUCCGAUUCAGUGCCACAUCUGCCUUGUACAUUUUAACUCCUUUUAAUCCCAUCAGAAAAAUUGCUAUCAAGAUUUUGGUACAUUCAUUAUUCAGCAUGCUUAUUAUGUGCACUAUUUUGACCAACUGUGUAUUUAUGACCAUGAGCAACCCUCCAGAGUGGACAAAGAAUGUAGAGUAUACCUUCACUGGAAUUUAUACCUUUGAAUCACUUAUCAAAAUUCUUGCAAGGGGCUUCUGCUUAGAAGGCUUUACUUUUCUGCGAGACCCAUGGAACUGGCUUGACUUCAGUGUCAUUUUAAUGGCAUAUGUGACAGAGUUUGUGGACCUGGGCAAUGUCUCAGCGUUGAGAACAUUCAGAGUUCUCCGAGCUUUGAAAACAAUAUCAGUCAUUCCAGGCCUAAAGACUAUUGUAGGAGCCCUAAUUCAGUCUGUGAAGAAGCUCUCAGAUGUUAUGAUCCUGACUGUGUUUUGUCUGAGUGUAUUUGCACUAAUAGGGCUGCAGCUGUUCAUGGGCAACUUGAGGAAUAAAUGCCUGCAGUGGCCUCCAGACAAUUCUACUUUUGAAACAACUGUUAUUUCCUACUUUAAUAGCACAAUGGAUGAAAAUGGUACAUUUGUUAAUCUGACAGUGAGCAUGUUUAACUGGAAGGAUUACAUUGAGGAUGAAACUCAUUUUUACAUCUUGGAAGGACAAAGAGAUGCCCUACUUUGUGGUAACAGCUCUGAUGCAGGGCAGUGUCCAGAGGGAUAUAUAUGUGUGAAAGCUGGCAGAAACCCCAACUAUGGUUACACAAGUUUUGACACUUUCAGCUGGGCUUUUUUGUCACUCUUUCGGCUAAUGACUCAGGACUUCUGGGAAAACCUGUAUCAGUUGACACUGCGUGCUGCUGGGAAGACAUACAUGAUAUUUUUUGUUCUGGUGAUUUUUCUGGGCUCUUUCUACCUGAUCAACUUGAUCCUGGCUGUGGUCGCCAUGGCCUACGAAGAACAGAAUCAAGCGACCAUGGAAGAAGCAGAGCAGAAAGAGGCAGAAUUUCAACAGAUGCUGGAACAACUGAAGAAGCAACAAGAAGAAGCACAGGCAACAGCAGCAGUAGCAGCAGCAUCAGUUGCAUCGAGAGAUUUCAGUGGUGUAGGGGGAUUAGGAGAACUCUUGGAAAGUUCUUCAGAAGCAUCAAAGUUGAGCUCAAAAAGUGCUAAAGAAAGAAGAAACAGAAGGAAAAAAAGAAGACAGAAAGAAUUGUCUGAAGCAGAGGACAAAGGAGAUACCGAUAAGUUCCCCAAGUCCGAGUCAGAAGACAGCAUCAGAAGGAAAAGUUUCCGCUUCUCCACAGAAGGAAGUCAACUGACAUAUGAAAAAAGGUUCACCUCUCCUCACCAGUCUUUGCUGAGCAUUCGUGGUUCCCUGUUCUCACCAAGGCGCAACAGCAAAACAAGCAUUUUCAGUUUCAGAGGUCGUGCAAAGGAUAUAGGAUCUGAAAAUGACUUUGCUGAUGAUGAGCACAGCACUCUUGAAGACAAUGAGAGCAGAAGAGAUUCUCUCUUUGUUCCAAAUCGUCACGGAGAACGGCGCAACAGUAAUAUUAGUCAGGCGAGUGUGUCAUCUAGAAUGGUACCAGCCCUUCCAGUAAAUGGGAAGAUGCACAGCACUGUGGAUUGCAAUGGAGUAGUUUCCUUGGUUGGAGGGCCUUCAACUCUAACGUCACCUACUGGUCAACUUAUACCAGAGGGCACCACUACAGAAACAGAAAUAAGAAAAAGAAGACUGAGUUCUUAUCAAAUUUCCAUGGAAAUGCUGGAAGAUUCUGCUGCAAGACAAAGAGCAAUGAGUAUAGCCAGCAUACUUACAAAUACAAUGGAAGAGCUUGAAGAAUCCAGACAGAAAUGCCCACCAUGCUGGUACAGAUUUGCAAAUACUUUCUUGAUCUGGGAUUGCUGGAGUCCAUGGUUAAAAGUAAAACAUGUCGUCAAUUUAGUUGUGAUGGAUCCAUUUGUUGAUCUUGCUAUAACUAUUUGCAUUGUUUUAAACACUUUGUUUAUGGCCAUGGAACAUUACCCAAUGACAGAACAGUUUAGCAGUGUCCUUUCUGUGGGGAACCUGGUAUUCACUGGGAUAUUCACAGCAGAAAUGGUACUAAAGAUAAUUGCCAUGGACCCUUAUUAUUAUUUCCAAGAAGGCUGGAAUAUUUUCGAUGGUAUUAUUGUUAGCCUUAGUUUAAUGGAGCUUGGUCUUGCAAAUGUUGAAGGAUUAUCUGUUCUUCGGUCAUUCAGAUUGCUUCGAGUUUUUAAGUUAGCAAAAUCUUGGCCAACUCUGAAUAUGCUGAUUAAGAUCAUUGGCAACUCAGUGGGGGCUCUGGGAAAUCUGACCCUGGUGCUGGCCAUCAUUGUGUUCAUUUUUGCUGUGGGCUCUUUCCUGAUUGUGUUUCGAGUGUUGUGUGGAGAAUGGAUAGAAACGAUGUGGGACUGCAUGGAGGUUGCAGGCCAAACCAUGUGCCUUAUUGUUUUCAUGCUGGUCAUGGUGAUUGGAAACCUAGUGGUAUUGAACCUAUUUCUGGCCUUGCUGCUGAGCUCAUUUAGUUCAGACAACCUUGCUGCUACCGAUGAUGAUAAUGAAAUGAACAAUCUCCAGAUUGCUGUGGCAAGGAUUCAGAAGGGAAUAGAUUAUGUUAAAAAAAAGAUACAGGAGUUCAUCCAAAAAGCCUUCAUUAGAAAGCAGAAAGCUUUAGAGGAAAUCAAAGCACUUGAAGAGCUAAACAACAAGAAAGACAGCUGCAUUUCCAAUCAUACUGCUGUUGAAAUAAGCAAAGAUAUGAAUCAUCUUAAAGACGGAAAUGGAACCACCAGUGGUGUAGGCACAGGCAGCAGUGUGGAAAAAUACGUAAUCGAUGAAAAUGAUUACAUGUCAUUCAUAAACAACCCAGGUCUCACUGUGACAGUGCCAAUUGCAGUUGGAGAAUCAGAUUUUGAAAAUUUAAAUACAGAAGAAUUUAGCAGUGAAUCUGAUAUGGAAGAAAGCAAACAGAAACUAAAUGCAUCCAGUUCAUCAGAAGGCAGCACAGUUGAUAUUGCUCCUCCUGGAGAGGGCGAGCAAGCAGAAAUUGAAAGUGAAGAAGCUCUUGAACCAGAAGCCUGUUUUACGGAAGGUUGUGUGAAGAAAUUUCCAUGUUGUCAAGUAAGUAUAGAGGACGGCAAAGGAAAAAUUUGGUGGAAUCUUAGAAAAACCUGCUACAGCAUAGUUGAGCACAACUGGUUUGAGACUUUCAUUGUCUUCAUGAUUCUCCUCAGCAGUGGAGCACUAGCUUUUGAAGAUAUAUAUAUUGAACAGCGCAAAACUAUCAAGACCAUGUUGGAAUAUGCUGACAAAGUUUUUACAUAUAUUUUCAUUUUGGAAAUGCUUUUAAAAUGGGUGGCUUAUGGUUUUCAAAUAUAUUUUACUAAUGCCUGGUGCUGGCUGGACUUCCUGAUUGUUGAUGUCUCAUUGGUUAGUUUAAUAGCCAAUGCUUUGGGCUAUUCUGAACUUGGUGCCAUUAAAUCGCUUCGGACAUUAAGAGCUUUAAGACCGUUAAGAGCCUUGUCACGAUUUGAAGGAAUGAGGGUGGUUGUAAAUGCCCUUGUAGGAGCAAUUCCAUCUAUCAUGAAUGUAUUGCUGGUUUGUCUUAUAUUCUGGCUCAUCUUCAGCAUCAUGGGAGUAAAUCUGUUUGCUGGCAAAUUCUAUCACUGUGUCAACACCACAACUGAUGAGAUGUUUGAUGUCAGUGAUGUCAACAAUUAUACUCAGUGUGAGGAACUCAUAAAAAACAAUCAAAGUGCCCGAUGGAAAAAUGUGAAAGUAAACUUUGAUAAUGUAGGAGCUGGAUAUCUUGCUCUGCUUCAAGUAGCUACUUUCAAAGGAUGGAUGGAUAUUAUGUAUGCUGCUGUUGAUUCACGAGAUGUAGAAGAUCAACCUAAGUAUGAGGACAACUUGUAUAUGUAUCUUUAUUUUGUCAUCUUUAUCAUAUUUGGAUCAUUCUUUACCUUGAACCUUUUCAUUGGUGUCAUUAUAGACAACUUUAACCAGCAAAAAAAGAAGUUUGGAGGUCAGGAUAUAUUUAUGACAGAAGAACAGAAGAAAUAUUACAAUGCAAUGAAAAAACUGGGAUCCAAAAAGCCACAGAAACCUAUACCGAGGCCAGUGAACAAAUUCCAAGGCAUGGUCUUUGAUUUUGUAACCAAACAAGUAUUUGACAUCAGCAUCAUGAUACUCAUCUGCCUUAACAUGGUCACAAUGAUGGUAGAAACAGAUGACCAGAGUAAAGAAAUGGAAACAAUUUUAUCCCGGAUUAACCUUGUGUUCAUUAUCCUUUUCACCGGAGAAUGUGUCCUGAAAUUGAUUUCACUUCGCCAUUACUACUUCACUAUAGGCUGGAAUAUUUUUGAUUUUGUGGUUGUCAUUCUCUCCAUAGUAGGUAUGUUCUUAGCUGAGAUGAUUGAGAAAUAUUUUGUAUCCCCCACACUAUUCAGAGUCAUCCGACUCGCCAGAAUCGGUCGAAUCCUGCGUCUCAUUAAAGGCGCUAAGGGAAUCCGCACUCUGCUUUUUGCUUUGAUGAUGUCUCUUCCUGCUUUGUUCAACAUUGGUCUGCUGCUGUUCCUCGUCAUGUUUAUCUAUGCGAUAUUUGGCAUGUCCAACUUUGCCUACGUUAAGAGGGAAGCCGGUAUAGAUGACAUGUUCAACUUUGAAACGUUUGGCAACAGCAUGAUCUGCCUAUUUGUGAUUCUGGAGAACUUCAGUGUUGCUACUGAAGAAAGUGCUGAACCCUUGAGUGAGGAUGACUUUGAGAUGUUCUAUGAAGUCUGGGAGAAGUUUGAUCCCGAUGCUACACAGUUCAUAGAAUACAGUAAACUAUCGGAUUUUGCAGCUUCAUUAGAUCCUCCUCUUCUUAUAGCAAAGCCAAACAAAGUCCAGCUUAUUGCAAUGGAUCUGCCCAUGGUAAGCGGUGACAGAAUUCACUGCCUUGACAUCUUGUUUGCUUUCACAAAGCGUGUUUUGGGGGAAAGUGGGGAGAUGGAUGCCCUCCGAAUACAGAUGGAAGAUCGGUUUAUGGCAGCCAAUCCUUCAAAAGUCUCCUACGAACCAAUUACAACCACAUUAAAACGAAAACAGGAGGAAGUAUCUGCUGUCAUUAUUCAGCGUGCUUACAGGCAUUACCUUUUAAGGCAAAAAGUUAAAAAGGUGUCUAGUAUAUUUAACAGAAAUAAAAACAAAGAAGGCGAUGGACCAGUAAUAAAAGAGAGAAUUAUUGAUAAACUAAAUGGGAACUCCACUCCAGAAAAAACAGAUGAGAGUUCCUCUACAACUUCCCCACCUUCUUAUGACAGUGUAACAAAGCCAGACAAAGAAAAAUUUGAAAAAGAUAAAGCAGAAAAGAACUACAAAGGUAAAAAUGUCAGGGAAAAUAAAAAAUAA